UUGGUAGUUCUGAUGAUGCUGUGUCUCUUUUAUUUAAUUUUUUUGUUCUGACCUCGGGGCCCACUUUGAAUUCAUGCUAAUUUUGUUCCGUGGUGGAAGCCAGGAGAAGACCAGCGGGGCAGGUUUGCUGCUUCCUGUGUGAGAAUGGGGAACUAGGAGAGGGGAGAGACAGGGCAGGACGAGUGGACACGACCGCAGAAUGGACUCCGUGUCGCCCCGUGGUGACAGAACACACGUCGAUAACUGGGAUCACACGCUCAACUCCGCGGCCUUCGGUCUGUCCGUUCAGUGAAGUCUUUAGCACCGCAAGUGCCCGUGUGUUUACUAUCAAAAGAGAUAGGGAGAAAGAGAGCUUCAGAGAGUGAGAGAGAGCGAGAGAGAGAGAUAGAGAGAGAAAGAAAGAGAAGGUGGGGCUUUGCUGUUGCUAAUGCGGUUCACCGCCCGCUCAAAGUGACACACAGACUGAACUCUUGAGUCAGAAGUCAAGAAUAAUGAAUAUGCGGGAAGGAGGCUUUUAGAGACAACUCGGCCUCUGUUUGAAAUGUGGACUGUGGGGCAGGAGCGGUUUCGCGUGCACGUGUGAGUUCUGGCGCCGCCUCGCCGCCUCGCAGGCUGACGAGUCGAGCUCAGAGAGACCCGUCUCUGCGCCGCGCCAAGCGGGAGAUCCACUGCUGCCGUCCUCUCCGGGUCCCACUCAGGAAGCCAUGGAAACCUCUGGAACGGAGUCCGAGAUCCUCAACAAGGAGAAGAAUGUGAGAAACUCCAAAGAAGUGUACACACAGCCUCCCAGUGACGUGCCGGCCUCCCAGUUUCAGUGGCUCUCCAAGUACCGCAAGUCCUCCCGGGGCCCCUCCAGAGAGAACAACGCGCCGCGAGGAACGCGCUUCUACAAACUGAAGAAAUCAGGGAACAUGGUGGUGGGGAACGGUAAAGUGCGUGGAGCUGAAGAGGAGAUGAGUGACAACAGCAGGGGGGAGCCACUCGCAGGAGAGAACAGCUUGGACAGCGGCCUGAAGGUCAAAGGCGAGGCCCGGGGCGAGCUGGUCCGCUCCUCGCAGCACACCGUGUCCAACAAGGCGCAGAUGCUGGGCAUGCCCCAGUUCGGCCUGCGGGACAACCUCAUCCGCUGUGAGCUGUUGAAGAACGAGGCCCUCUACACCUCCGUCAGAGACUUCAGGAUUUUCCUGGGCACCUACAAUGUGAACGGCCAACUUCCGAAAGAGAAUCUGCUUCCCUGGCUGGGCUGUACAGAGCAGCCGCCGGACAUUUACUGUGUGGGGUUUCAGGAGCUGGACCUCAGUAAAGAGGCCUUCCUGUUCAACGAGACGCCGAAGGAGCAGGAGUGGAUGAACGCCGUGGGCAACGGCCUACACCCGGGCGCCAAGUACGCUUUAGUGAAGCUGGUGCGCUUGGUGGGCAUCAUGCUGUUGUUUUAUGUGAAGUGUGAGCACGCGGGGGACAUCUCCGACGUGGAGGCGGAGACCGUGGGCACGGGCAUCAUGGGAAGGAUGGGUAAUAAAGGUGCGGUCGCGGUCCGGUUCCGGUUCCACAACUCGGACGUGUGCCUGGUGAACGCGCACCUGGCGGCCCACGUGGAGGAGUUUGAACGGCGGAACCAGGACUACAGAGAGAUCUGCUCCCGCAUGGCCUUCCGCCAGCCCGACCCCAGCCUGCCCCUGCUCACCAUCAUGAAGCACGAUGUGGUUUUAUGGGUCGGAGAUCUGAACUACAGGCUCUACAAUAUCGAGGCCGAUCUGGUGAAAUCGUUCAUCGCUGAGAGAGAUUUUGAGUCUCUGCAGCGUCAUGACCAGCUCAGGAAACAGAUGGAGGAGGAGGCUGUGUUUUUGGGGUUCAUCGAAGGAGAGAUCUCCUUCCAGCCCACGUACAAAUACGACACGGGAACCGACCAAUGGGACACCAGUGAGAAGUGCCGGGUGCCGGCCUGGUGUGACCGUAUCCUGUGGAAGGGGAAACACAUCAAGCAGCUGCACUACCAGAGUCACAUGAACCUGAAGACCAGCGACCACAAGCCCGUCAGCUCGCUGCUGGAGGUCGGGAUUAAGGUGGUAAAUGAAGAAUCUUACAAGAAGACGUUUGAAGAGAUCGUUCGAAAUCUAGACAAGAUGGAGAACGAGUGCAUUCCGUCCGUGUCACUGUCCAGUCGAGAGUUCUGUUUUAAAGAUGUGAAGUUCAUGCAGCACCAGGCGGUUACCCUGACGAUCCACAAUGACGGACAGGUGCCGUGUCAGUUUGAGUUCAUCCAGAAGCUGGACGAGCCGGCGUACUGCAAGCCCUGGCUGACCGCCAACCCCGCCAAGGGCUUCCUGGCACAGGGGGCCUCUCUCAGCAUAGAGCUGGAGGUGUUUGUGAACCGCUCCACCGCCCCGGGGCUGAACUGCGGCCUGGAGCAGCUGGAGGACAUCCUGGUGCUGCACCUGGAGCUGGGGAAGGACUACUUCAUCUCCGUCAGCGGGACCUACCUGCCCAGCUGCUUCGGCUCGCCUCUGCCCACCCUCUGCCUGCUGCGGGACCCCAUCCAGGACGUCCCCCUCGACAGGCUGCAGAGCCUGGCCAGGAUGUCUGCAGAAGCCCUGGCAGAGGAGAAGCCCCUGGAGAUUCCCAAGGAGAUCUGGAUGAUGGUGGAUCAUCUGUUCCGCAGUGCGGCCAGACAGGAGGACCUGUUUCAGCAGCCUGGCCUGAGGACGGAGUUUGAGCAGAUCAGAGACUGCCUGGACACCGGCAUGCCAGAGUCACUGCCGGGCAGUAACCACUCCGUGGCCGAGGCGCUCCUCCUCUUCCUGGACGCCCUGCCCGAGCCCGUGAUCCCGUUCUCCUUCUACCAGCGCUGUCUGGAGGGCUGCCCCAGCGGGGCCCAGAGCACUGAGGUUGUCUCCCAGCUACCCCCGUGCCACAGGAACGUGUUUGACUAUCUGACCGCUUUCCUGCGGGAGCUGCUCAAGAACUCAGAGCACAAUCACCUGGACGCCAACAUCCUAGCAAACACCUUCGCUAGCCUGCUGCUGAGGUCACCAACCAAGCAGGACAUUUUGGAGAAAAGGAAGUCCCAGGAGUUCUUGCAUCACUUCCUUGUACAAGACCCUUAAUGAUCAGCGUGGCCAAGCAUCUGAGUUCAACCAUUUAGCCUAAUGUACAGCACCACAGUAUUUUUUUAACAAACUAUAAUAUUUCAUAAAUGGAUAGAUACUGCUUUGUAUAGUCAAAUGCUUUUUUUUUUUUCAAAAAAAGAUUUUAGUCUGAUUUCAGACCCAUGCAUUGUAUGCAGCGGGUUUUUAAAGUAAGCUGUUUUAUUUUCACAGAACAGCUGCGCUAAACUGACAUUUUUUGAAAAAUAUGUUUUAUUUAGCAGUUAUUUAAUGAUGGAUCAUGUUUGUAAUGUUCUUCUGUGGUUUCUAAAGUAAUACAAAUGUGUAUGGUCUUUUUAUAUAUAAAAGCAAUGUUUUAAAAGCA